UAUUCGCACCUUCCUUUAUUCCUUUUUCGAAACACCAUAGUAAUAUUUCUCUUUCUACUUUCUAUUUCAAGAUUCACUCUUCUCUCUACCACUUUCCAUUAUUAUGGGUUUCCCAUCAAACGGUUCAUCACAAGACAAACCAUUCAAGUUCUUGAUCUAUGGUCGAACCGGUUGGAUUGGUGGUUUACUUGGUAAACUCUGUGAAGCUCAAGGCAUUGAAUACGUAUACGGGUCGGGUCGGUUAGAGAACCGGAGCUCAUUAGAGUCCGACUUGGAAACCGUUAACCCGACCCAUGUAUUCAAUGCAGCUGGUGUUACGGGUAGGCCAAAUGUUGACUGGUGUGAAUCCCAUAAAGUGGAGACAAUUAGAACUAAUGUUGUCGGUACACUUACGCUUGCUGAUGUUUGUAGAGAGAAAGGGUUGAUCCUUAUUAAUUAUGCUACUGGUUGUAUUUUUGAAUAUGAUUCGGGUCACCCCUUGGGGUCGGGUAUCGGGUUUAAAGAAGAGGAUACUCCUAAUUUUACCGGAUCUUUUUAUUCCAAGACUAAAGCUAUGGUGGAGGAAUUGUUGAAAAACUACGACAAUGUCUGUACCUUAAGAGUCAGAAUGCCCAUCUCCGCGGACUUGACCAACCCACGAAACUUCAUCACCAAGAUCACUCGAUACGAGAAGGUAGUCGACAUCCCAAACUCGAUGACAAUCUUGGAUGAACUUCUCCCAAUAUCCCUUGAGAUGGCAAAGAGAAACCUGACUGGCAUAUGGAACUUCACAAACCCUGGAGUUGUUAGCCAUAAUGAGAUCCUGGAGAUGUACCGUGACUAUAUCGACCCAAGCUUCACUUGGAAGAACUUCAACCUCGAGGAACAAGCAAAGGUCAUUGUUGCUCCAAGGAGUAACAAUGAGCUCGAUGCUUCGAAAUUGAAGAAGGAAUUCCCUGAAAUGAAGUCCAUCAAGGAGUCCCUCAUUGAGAAUGUGUUCAAGCCAAAUAGGAAGACAGCAGCAGCUUGAAACUAAAAAAUGCUCUGAUUUUUGUUUCAACUAUGUUUCAGUCCUAAUAUUUGGGGCUGGCUUUGUCUUUUCUAUCUUUGUUUUCUUAUUUCUGUUUCUUUGAGAAGAAGUGAACUCCCCAUCAUAGGACCUGCACCUUUUCCCUGUUUCUUUUUUUCCUUUAUUGUUGUAUUGAAUGUUGUAAUGGUAUUUAUUUCAUUAUGAAUAAUUGAAAAAUGAUAUGCCAAUUUGAUGAUAGAA